CUGGGUGGACCCUUCUUCAAAUUCAGGCUACGGGGGAUUUAAAACUGUAGCUAGCUAGCAAGAUAGACAACGCAGCUGGACAGCAAGUUAGGGAUACUUUUCGGCUAGUCAUCAAUUUCAUGAUCUCAAGUCAACCCACGGCCUAAGGAUAUCCUGCGGUUUUCCUUUUGUGUCUGCCCCCGGAAAAGCAUUACUUUGGGGGUCUCUCCCAACUAAACCUCUACACUGGAUUAGACAGAACCAGUUCGUAGAGAACAACGACGCCUGGUGACGAAUAUUGAACAUGACUGGGGUGUGUGGUUGCUGUGGGGCUCUGAGGCCCCGCUACAAGAGACUGGUGGACAACAUUUUCCCAGAGGACCCAGAGGACGGGUUGGUGAAGGCUAACAUGGAGAAGUUGACGUUCUAUGCCCUGUCAGCUCCAGAGAAGCUGGACCGUAUCGGGGCCUACCUGUCAGAGAGGCUCUCCAGGGAUGUGGCUAGGCACCGCUACGGGUAUGUGUGUAUAGCUAUGGAGGCUCUGGAUCAGUUGCUGAUGGCGUGCCACUGUCAGAGCAUCAACCUGUUUGUGGAGAGUUUCCUUAAGAUGGUCCGUAAGCUGCUGGAGGCCGACAAACCCAACCUACAGAUCCUGGGAACCAACUCUUUUGUGAAGUUUGCCAACAUUGAGGAGGACACUGCAUCUUAUCAUCGCAGCUAUGACUUCUUUGUUUCGCGCUUCAGUGAGAUGUGUCACUCCAGCUACGAGGACCCAGACAUCCGCACCAAGAUCCGUAUGGCUGGGAUAAAUGGUCUGCAGGGGGUUGUGAGGAAGACGGUGAAUGAUGACCUACAGUCUAACAUCUGGGACCCCCAGCACAUGGACAAGAUCGUUCCCUCACUGCUCUUCAACCUGCAGAGUGGAGAGGGCACUGAGAGCCGCUCCCCCUCUCCCCUGCAGGCGUCAGAGAAAGAGAAGGAGAGUCCGGCAGAGCUGACGGAGCGCUGUUUCAGAGAGCUGCUGGGACGGGCCGCCUACGGCAACAUCAAGAACGCUGUCACACCAGUACUCAUGCACUUAGAUAACCACUCUCUGUGGGAGGGGAAGACCUUUGCAGUCCGCUGCUUUAAGAUCAUCAUGUACUCUAUCCAGUCGCAGCACUCUCACCUGGUCAUCCAGCAGCUGCUAGGUCACCUGGAUGCCAACAGUAAAAAUUCAGCCACAGUGCGUGCUGGGAUAGUGGAGGUCCUCCUGGAGGCUGCAGCCAUUGCUUCCAGUGGCUCUGUAGGCCCCACUGUGUUGGAGGUGUUUAACACUCUGCUAAGGCAGCUGCGUCUCAGUGUGGACUACGAGCUGACUGGCUCCUACGACGCCAGCGGAAACAUUGGCAUCAAGAUCAUCAAAACACAUGAGGAGAGACAGCUACAGGAAGCCGUCAUCAGGACUAUUGGGUCGUUUGCGAACACCCUCCCUACAUACCAGCGCUCCGAGGUCAUGCUCUUCAUCAUGGGCAAGAUUCCUGUACCAGGGGUACACCCCGCACUCACCAACGCAGGCUCAGGGGGUUGUGAAGGGACCAGGAUGAUCCAGAUCAUGCUGCUGAAGUCACUGGUUCAGGUGACGACAGGGUUCCAGACCACCAACAUGCUGACGGCGCUGCCCAACUCGUUCCUGGAGCCGCUGCUGUCCUUCUCUCUGAUGGAGGACCCGGAGGUCAGACUGCUGGUGCUCACCAUCCUCCUCAGUGUUAUAGACAGACACGACAACACACCCAAGUUCUCCAGCAUCAGCAUUAUAUCAGAUAUCUCUGUUCUCAAACUGAAAGUGGAUAAGUGCUCUCGACAGGACAACCUUUUCAUGAAAAAGCAUGCACAGCAGUUGUACCGCCACAUCUACUUGGCGUGUAAGGAGCAGAGCAGUGGUCCGCAGCACUUUGAGACGCUCUACACCUUGCUGGCCCUCAUCAGCAUGGAACUGGCCAACGAAGAGGUGGUGGUGGACCUCAUCAGACUGGCCCUGGCCCUGCAGGAGUUGGCUCAAACCAAUGAGGAGUCUCUGUCAGUCUAUAACCGCUGUGCUGUCCAUGCCCUCUCUGCUGCCUACCUCAACCUCAUCUGUCAACUCACCACCGUCCCCACCUUCUGUCAGCACAUACACGAGGUGAUUGAGAUGAGACAGAAGGAGGUACCCUUCCUUCUCCCUGAGGAUGUCUUCAUAGAAAACCCCAAGCUCCCUGCCUCUCUGGAGAAGUUGGAGGGGGAUGUUCUGUUCCAGCAGUCUAAGAUCACAGAAGUCCUGGGGGGCAGUGGCUACAACACAGACAGGCUGGCCACACCCUACAUCCCUCAGUUCACAGACGAGGACCGUCUGUCCAAGAGGAAGAGCAUUGGAGAGACUAUCUCACUACAGGUGGAGGUAGAGUCUAGGAACAGCCCAGAGAAAGAGGAGAGGACUCCAGCAGAGGAGAUCACAUUUGAAACUCUGAAAAACGCCAUCGUGGACAGUGUGGGGAUGGAGGAGCAGGAGAGAGAGCGCAGGAGGCAGGUGGUGGAGAAGUUCCAGAAGGCCCCCUUCGAGGAGAUAGCUGCCCACUGCGGUGCCAGGGCCACAUUGCUGCAGAGCAAACUCAAUCAGAUCUUUGAGAUCACAAUCCGACCCCCUCCCAGCCCGUCUGGCACCAUCUCAUCAGGCUACGGCCAGACCCAGAGCCGCUCGGUGCCCGUCUACGAGAUGAAGUUCCCUGACCUCUGUGUCUACUAGCCCUAAAGGUCAGGGGUCACCCUAGGAGGAGAGGGGAACGGGGGGUGGAGCUACAGCAGCCCUCGGUGUUAAAACAACUACAGACACUGUGACCUGUUCCCCCUGCUCCCCAUUCUCAUUCUGUCAAGAGCUACUGACAUGACUGACAAUGUGUUUUUUGCACUGUGAUCGCAGACAAAUCAAAUAGACAAACAAAAAGGCAGCAGUGUGAGCUAUUGACCCUUCACCCUUUGCUCGACCCCCUCCCCCCAUCCUAAAAAUUCCCAUAUGACUGCCACCGGCUUGGAUUAGACUGUAGCCAGAAAGACCGUGGAGAAGAACAAUGGAUGGACUGAGGAUGGAUAGAACAGGGAGGAGAGAACAUAGUGAUCCCCAGUUUUAACCUUCUCCUUUUCCCCCUGAUUAACUUGCUGCAUGCCCACUACUCUAAACACCACCCUUGAGCCCAUUACUAGUGUCUAGUCGUUGUCCUAAUUUAUCCCUCACUGGAUGCAUUACUACCCAAAGUGCACCAACAACAAAAUGGCUAAUUGCCAAAUGUAACAUAAUCAAAUGUUCUCAUUAGUUUUAUUGUAUUGUAAUUAUUUUGUUUUUCAGUACUGUAAAGGGACAAUGCUAAGUACCUGGCAAUAGAGGCUGUAAUGAAAAAUGUAGGUAAUCUAGUGUUUUAGUUUUCAGUGGGAUGACUACUUCUGAAACACUGUCCCCACUCCCUGCUCUCAGACCAUUCAGUUCUAAAUCAACGGUGCAUUGUGUUUGCUUGGUGCUUUUCAUGUCUUUUUAGGUUUUUAUUUUAAGUCUCUGGGGUGAGAACUCCAGAGUAUUUUUUUGUAUCGCUGCGUGUUAGCCGGGAGUGCUUUUGAUGCUCACUCAAAUUAUCUUAAUUUUCUAUUUUUUACCCCCUUUUUAAAUGUUGUAUAUUUUAAUCCAUGAUUUGACUGCAAAGGUUAAAGUGUGUGACGUGUGUGCUGUCCUCCGAAAUGUGAGAGUGCCCUACAGGUGACAGCAGAACUAGAUUCAACCAGUCCAACCGUUCAUAAAACCAGUCAUAGCUUUCCCACUUUGUAAGGAUCUGAAGAGUGUACAGUUAUGUUUACAUACUCAAACACUAGCAUAUGGGUCGUUCCAUCAAUACGGUGCCUUUUGAGAUGUGGAACUUGGUUAAAAAAAACUUCUGAUUUCACCUAAUUUUAACAUUGUUGUAAAGAGCAAGAGAUAAAAAUAAUAAUAAUACUAUAUAUAGUAAUAGCCUAUUA